AUGCCUUCCGUCGAGACAAAACCGAGGACCUUGUACGACAAGGUCUUCGCUGACCACAUUGUCAACGAGCAAGAAGAUGGCACUUGCCUCCUCUACAUUGAUCGUCACCUUGUUCACGAGGUGACCUCCCCCCAAGCCUUCGAGGGCCUUAAGAAUGCCAGCCGCCCUGUCCGUCGACCAGACUGCACCUUGGUGACUGUCGACCACAAUAUCCCCACAUCCUCCCGCAAAGACUUCAAGAGCGCCGAGACUUUCAUCGCCGAGACUGAUUCUCGCCUGCAAUGCACUACCCUCGAGGAGAACGUGAAGGACUUCGGCCUCACCUACUUCGGUAUGAGCGACAAGCGCCAGGGUAUCGUUCACGUUAUCGGCCCCGAGCAAGGAUUCACCCUCCCUGGCACCACCGUCGUCUGUGGUGACUCCCACACCUCCACCCACGGUGCUUUCGGCUCCCUGGCUUUCGGUAUCGGAACCAGUGAGGUUGAGCACGUCCUCGCGACCCAGACUCUUCUGACCCGCCGAAGCAAGAACAUGCGCGUCCAGGUUGACGGCGAGCUUCCCGCUGGUGUUACCAGCAAGGAUGUUGUACUCCACAUUAUUGGUGUUAUCGGAACUGCUGGUGGUACCGGUGCUGUCAUUGAGUUCUGUGGAUCUGUCAUUCGCGGUCUCAGCAUGGAGGCUCGUAUGUCUGUCUGCAACAUGUCCAUUGAGGGUGGUGCUCGUGCUGGUAUGAUUGCGCCCGAUGAGAUUACCUACGAGUACCUCAAGGGCCGUCCUCUUGCCCCCAAGUACGGUAGCUCUGAGUGGAACCGCGCGGUCGCCUACUGGUCUACCCUCAGCUCCGACCCCGAUGCCAAGUACGAUAUUGAUGUCUUCCUGGAUGGAAAGGACAUCAUCCCUACCAUCUCCUGGGGUACUUCGCCUCAGGAUGUCGUUCCCAUCACAGGUGUCGUCCCCAGCCCCGAUGACUUCGAGGACCCGGCUCGCAAGCUUGCUUGCACCCGUGCUCUGGAGUACAUGGGUCUCACCUCUGGUGUCCCCAUGACCGAUAUCACCGUCGACAAAGUUUUCAUCGGAUCUUGCACCAACUCUCGUAUCGAGGAUCUGCGCGCCGCCGCUAAGAUUGUCCGUGGCAAGCACAUUGCUGCCAACAUUAAGCGUGCUAUGAUUGUCCCCGGUUCCGGUCUCGUCAAGCAGCAGGCUGAGAGUGAGGGUCUUGAUAAGAUCUUCACCGAUGCUGGAUUCGAGUGGCGCGAGGCUGGUUGCUCCAUGUGCCUGGGUAUGAACCCCGAUAUUCUUGCUCCCCAGGAGCGCUGUGCCAGUACCUCCAACCGUAACUUCGAGGGUCGCCAGGGUGCCAAGGGUCGCACUCACUUGAUGUCGCCCGCUAUGGCCGCCGUGGCCGCUAUCGUCGGUAAACUUGCCGAUGUCCGUGAGCACGUGGUCUCCAGCCCCGUUGCCGCUAAGGUUCAACCCGUUGUUGAUGUUGAGGCCGAGUCUUACGAUUCCCCCAUCACCGAGGAUGAGCUUGAGCGUGUCCUCGACCUCCCCGCUGACAACGAGCCCCACACCAACUCCUCCGCUGGCGGUGGCAAGAGUGCUGGUCUCCCCAAGUUCACCACUCUCAAGGGUAUCGCGGCUCCCCUCGACCGCUCCAACGUCGACACCGACGCUAUUAUCCCCAAGCAGUUCCUUAAGACCAUCAAGCGUACCGGUCUUGGCUCCGCCGCUUUCUACGAGCUCCGUUACAACGCCGAUGGCACUGAGAACCCCGACUUCGUCCUGAACCAGGGUAUCUACCGCAAUGCCAAGAUCCUUGUUGUGACUGGCCCCAACUUCGGUUGUGGUAGUUCGCGUGAGCACGCCCCUUGGGCUCUGCUCGACUUUGGUAUCAAGUGCAUUAUCGCGCCCUCAUUUGCCGAUAUCUUCUACAACAACACCUUCAAGAACGGCAUGCUUCCCGUCGUCGUUUCCGACCAAGCUGCUCUUGAUAAGAUUGCUGCCGAGGCCAGCGCUGGCCGCGAAGUUGAGGUCGAUCUCGUCAACCAGGAGAUUAAGGAUUCCGAGGGUAACAAGAUUGUUGCCUUUGAAGUCGACUCUUUCCGCAGACACUGUCUCACCAACGGUCUUGAUGACAUUGGUCUGACUCUCCAGAUGGAGAGCAAGAUUCGCACCUUCGAGACUAAGCGUACCCUUGAGACCCCCUGGUUGGAUGGAUCUGCCUACCUCAAGCGUGGCAACCGUGGAGGUGCCACUCGCAUCGAUGCUGCGCCCGUCCCCAAGACCAACAAGGGCGAGGUGAAGGGUCCACUCGACUGGUAA